UUUGCUUUUCAACUUCUAACCGAUCGACUUUUCCUUUGCUUUCUCCCCAAACUCAUGGAAGGGACGAGUACCACGUAGCCUCUCUCCCUCUCGCUCGCGUAACCAAAAGCUUUCGCUCUAAAAUUUAGUGUUGACUGAUCGAUUGAUUUGAUUGCACUACUAACAACAAUAAUCGGAUAAAGGUGAAAACAAUUUAACCGAAAACCAAAUCUACAGGGCGCCAUGCAAUGAGUUCGUUUAAUCACAUAGGAAGACUGCUGAGCGGCAUUUCUCUAGUAGCCAAGGAAAUUGCCAAACGCUCCAAAGCUCUCGAAACUGGAGAUUUCGAAACCCUAAUAGCCUCCACCGCUAAGAAAGCGCUAGUCUCCGUCACCGAUCUAUCGGGCCUCACUAAAGGGAAAGUACGCGAGUUUUCGCCUCCCAGGCACAAUGGAUCCGUCGCUUAUUUCAACAAUUCACCUGACUUGGCAGCAGAAGCAACCCCAGCUGAAUCGCAGCUGCCAAUUGGCGACAACGGAAAGGAAAGCAGCGCCAGUGAUGGUGUCGUGACUCCUUCAGUUUCUUUUCAAGACAAGAUUUUAGAGGAGAAACGAAUUUCACAGGAGGAAAUUGGUGAUUUGGAUAGAGAUAAUAAAGGCCAUGCAGGUGCUGGAGAGGUGGCUGUGGCACCGGCGGAAACCGUGGCGGCGCCGCCAGUGGUAAAGAGGAGGAAGCCUCGGGAGAGGAGAGUUCCUUCCAGUCCGUUUACAAGAGCGCUUGGGUUUGCUGGUCUAGGAGCCGGGCUUGCAUGGGGAACAGUUCAGGAAUCUGCAAAGAGACUUGCCUUUGGUACACCAAGUUCACAAGACAAACAAUCUGCUUAUUCUCCAUUUUUGUCCGAUAAGAAUGCAGAACGCCUGGCUCUUGCAUUAUGCAGAAUGCGUGGAGCUGCGCUCAAGAUAGGACAAAUGCUGAGCAUACAGGACGAAUCUCUUGUUCCUGCUCCGAUCUUGGCUGCUUUAGAUAUUGUACGUCAAGGUGCAGAUGUGAUGCCCAAGAGCCAGCUGAAUCAAGUUUUGGAUGCUGAGUUGGGUGCUGACUGGUCAACCAAGUUAACUAGUUUUGAUUAUGAACCAAUUGCUGCUGCAAGUAUAGGCCAGGUGCACAAAGCGACAAAGGAUGGUAUGGAGGUCGCAAUGAAAAUUCAGUACCCUGGUGUUGCAGAUAGUAUUGAGAGCGACAUUGAGAAUGUGAAACUUCUUUUAGAUUAUACAAACCUGAUUCCAAAAGGACUAUUUCUUGACAGAGCUAUAAAGGUGGCAAAAGUAGAACUGUCUCGAGAAUGUGACUAUGAGUUGGAGGCCGCCAAUCAGAAACAGUUCCGUAGUCUGCUAUCUGAUGCUGAGGGCUUUUAUGUUCCAUUGGUUGUGGAUGAUCUUUCAUGUAAAAGAGUCUUAAGUACCGAGUUUGUUUCUGGAAUUCCAAUUGAUAAAGUAGCAUCACUGAACCAAGAAACUCGUAAUUAUGUUGGGAGAAAGUUGCUAGAACUCACAUUGAUGGAAUUGUUUGUCUUCCGCUUCAUGCAGACUGAUCCUAACUGGAGUAAUUUCUUGUAUGAUGAGGCAACAAACACCAUCAAUCUCAUUGACUUUGGAGCAGCUCGAGAUUAUCCUAAAAGAUUUGUUGAUGACUACUUAAGAAUGGUUGUAGCCUGUGCAAAUGGUGAAAGAGAUGUUGUGAUUGAGAUGUCAAAAAGGCUUGGAUUCCUCACAGGAGAAGAAUCAGAGGCAAUGCUGGACGCUCAUGUUCAGGCUGGUUUUAUCGUGGGACUGCCAUUCUCUAAUCCUGGCGGGUAUGACUUCCGAUCCUCUAAUAUCACUCACAGUAUGUCAAACCUUGGGGCAACAAUGCUAAGGCACAGGCUCACUCCACCUCCAGAUGAGGUAUAUAGCCUUCAUAGAAAGCUUUCAGGUGCUUUCUUGGCUUGCAUCAAGAUUGGAGCCGUUGUACCAUGUAGGGAACUAUUACUCGAAGUCUACAAGGAUUAUCAGUUUGGUGAAGAUAGGGACAACCAGAUGCUCAGUGGCUCAAUUUCUUGAUAUAUUUUUGACAUUUGUUAAUUUAAUUUUGUUUUUUUUUACUUAAUAAAGUGUGGGAUGAGAACGUGUAUCCCAAGCAAGUAAGAAUAUUUUGUUGCCUUUAAAAUCAGAAUGAGGGGUUUGUUUAGGAUUUUGAUGAUUAGAGGGCUGUACUUUGCCCUUCUGAGAUAAAGUUGAAUCACCCCAAGGCUACAUGCUACUGAUCAUUUGUACUUCAUUCUUUUAUGUACGAGAGAAACACAUGUAGGGAACUGAUGAUUUAGAAUUUUUAAAGUUUAUUGCGCGUUAAAAAUA